AUGGAGGACGACGAUUUCGAAGAUCUCUACGGCGAUGUGGGCGCGGCAGCCGUCCCCGCGAGCGCCACCGGCACUCCCACAUCCGUGCGACUGGCGUACGACUACGGGCUGGGCGGCGACGACGACCUCGAGGAUGCCGACGACGAGGCGCUGCUCUACGGCUCGUCGCUCGCCGCACCACCCGCUCCUGCGAUUCCCGUACCCGCGAAACCCGAGCCUGUCGACCAGAUCGCACCGCCGUCGUCUAUCCCCACCUUACUUAAGCCGGAGCCACCUAAGUCUCUUGCUGUAGCCCCGUCGAUUCCACCCCCUGCGAUCGCAUCCGCACCCAACGGCCGCGAGGCCGUGCACGCUGUGCCGAUAGCGGCAUCCAUCCCUACCCCUCUCACCUCGCCUCCUGUUUCGCCUGCUGCCGCUCGUCCGUCUAAUGCCGGAGAAGCUUUAGACGCGGACGGGGAAGCGGCACCCUAUGCUUCGUCGGCGCCAUCGGGAGGAAAUGGAGUCCCGCCCGCGACUGGCGGUGGAUUGCAGGAGCGCGGGCGCGGCGAGGAGGAGCAAGAGGAGGCGGAGGAGGACGAAGAGGAUGCAUUCUACAAUCAGCUGUACGGGGGUGGGAAGGAUCGUGCGGAGGAAGAAUUGGAGGAGCAGGAUACGAGCCCCAGUGGCGGCGACGCAGGCGGCAUUGGCGGGGAAAGCCGCGCUGAGGAGGGCGAGCGGGAGGCACUGCGCGCCGACGCCGCUGGACCGACCUCGAACUCCCAUGACCGCUCUGCCUCCGCCGCCGCUGCUCUAUUGAAUGUGCCUGUAGCGGGAGACGUUGAGCGGCAUGACGAAAAGGAAUAUUUUUUUGGGGGGAUGAAAGGGGAAGAUGAUGCGGAAAUGGGGGAGGCGGAGGCAGGGCGGAAGGAUGCGGGCGCAAGGGCGGAAGAUGGUGUGAUUGCGGAGAGUGCAGAGGGAGGUAGCGCAGGGGGGAUUAGGGUUGGGGCCGGCGGAGUGGGGGGCAAGCAGGAGAUAGCAGAGGGGGAGGAGGAGGAAGAAGAAGAAGAAGAGGAUUUGGAGAAGUUUCUAUACAGCGCGGGGGACGGUGAUGGUGGGGGAGUCGGUGGCGAGGAUGUUGGCGGAAAGGAAGGCGCGGAGGGCCAGCAGAGCCUGUAUCCCUUCGCGGAGCUUGAGGCGGAAGAGGCGGAGGAGGCAGAAGAGGCGAGGGAGGCGGAGGAGGAGGCGGAGACGUUAAAAGAAGAGGAGGGGAAGGCAGGGGAUGGAGCAGACGGGCGAGGCGGGGACGAGCGGGUAGCUAUGGACGUUGACGGGGAUGCGCGCGAAGGGCUUGGGGGACGGGCCGGGGGGGAUGAGGUGGCGGAGGCGGGGAAGCGCGAGGUGGAGGGGAAGGGGAUGGAAGGGGAAGGGGAACUGAAGGCGGAAGAGGACAGGGGGAGCGGUGCCGCGGAAGGGAAGGAGGCGGUAGCGGAUGGGGCGGGGGGAGCAGAGGGGGAGGGGGGAGAGGAGGAGGAAGAGGAAGAGGAAGAGGAAGAGGAGGAUGAGGAGAGUGAGGAUGAUGAUGACGAUCUGAUCAUCGUGGCCAAUGACCCGGUGCCACCUGUCGGCGAGUGGGACGAAGGCAUGGGGGAGGAGGGCAUGUAUGGCAUGGGCGCAGGGGGGGAGUACGGUGCCAUGCCUGGGGGCGCGGGGGGAGGCCAAGGGGAGGAAGGCGCGGAGGGCGCAGAGGGGGAGGGGGGAGGUGGUGCGGGGGGUCCAGGCACCCCGGCAGUGCAGGGGGCAGCGGGAGCAGGGCGCGGGUACCGAGUGACACCGCCCUCCAAGGGCCAUUCCCCCAUGGGCAUGGAAGGCGCAGGCAUGGGCGCAACGCCCCCCGCUCCCCCUGGUUCCGCCCCUGGCGCGCUUGCAGCAGGGGGAGGGCCAGGGGGAGCUGGCGGGCAGGGGGGAGGGUGGGCAGGAGGCAUGGGGGGCCGAAUGGGCGCAGGGGGCGCAGCAAUGGGGGGAGGGGCGGGGCAGCAGGGGCAGUACCAGCAGCAGGCGAGCGGGCAGGGGGGAAGGCCACCGGCAGUGUGGCAGCAUGGGUCGGGGCAGGGGUAUCACAUAGAGAUCAACCUGCCGCCCACCAAACAGUCUGGAGGACAAGCCAUGGCGGCGCCCGGGAGCGGAUGUGAGCGACUACUUCAACUUCGACCUCAACGAGGGGGCAUGGCGCCACUACUGCCACCGCCUUGUAUGCUCCUCCCUUCCCUCCCUCACCCUUUCCUUGCGCCCCCGCGCAAUUUCCCUCGUACUCUCUCCAUCCCUUCUUCCCUCCCCAUCCUCUCAUUCCUCCCCUCCUUCUCAUCUUCCCCACACUCCUUCCACCCUUCCCCUCUCCCCCCACCCGCCUCUUGCCAACAGGCGCAGCUGCGGCUGGAGGCGAGCAUGCAGAGCCGCAUUCCCGUGUUUGAGUCGCGCAUGCCCACUGAGCCAUUACAACUCACUCCAGCCUCCUCUCCAUCCUGCCUCUCUUCCUCAUGCCCCCAUUCGUACCGCUUCGACUCAUACCCCACCUCCCUUUCCCCCCUCCUCCCGUCCUCUCCUCCUCCCCCUCUCCCCCUCCUCGCCCCCUCUCUCCCUCGGCAGGACAUAGACCCAGAGAUGCCGCCCGAGCUGGUGACAGCUGUCACACACGCCAUGGUCAGCCGCCCGCAUGCCGACGCCGUCUUCUUCGUCGAGCGCCGCCCCUCCUGGGAGACCCGCCGCCCGCGCCCGGUGGAUGCUGACGUCAUCAUAGAGUGCUCCCCUCCUUUCCCUGUCCUUGCCCUCGUUUUCCCCCGCCCUACAUGGCCUCCCAUCCCAUAUGCGCCCCUGCAGGUGCCGGUAGUGGGGCUGGCCAUGGACGCGCCUCCUCCACAGCCCCCUCCCCCCGCCGCCGCUCCUCUUGCCACCCCCCAUGCUGCUGCUGCUCACGCGCACAGGGGGAUGGGCGCAGCAGGGGGAGGCGGAGGGGGAGGAGCAGGGGGAGGGGCAGGGGGAGGAUCCGUGGGAGGGGGAGGACCUAGUGGCAGUGCAGGGGGGGGAGGUGGGAGGAUGCAGGGGGAGGGGCAGGGAGGCAGGGCGGUAUCAGGGCAGCAGGGCGCACCUGGGGGAGGGCCAGCCAGCUCAGGUGGCACCCCAGCUGUUUCUUCAGGUGCCGCCGCUGCUGCUGGCCCGCCCUCCCGUGCUGCCUCUGUGGAGGGCGCGUCUGGCGCAGUGGCAGGGGGGGUAGGGGGGGGAGCAGCGGGGGGACCGACCGGUGCUCUCCCCCCGCCUCCCCCUCUCCCCCGAGGGCAGCAUCCCCCCUUCCCCCCCAUGUUUCCAGGGGGGCCCGAUGGCAUGGGCAUGGGCGCGGGCAUGGGGCCAGGGAUGGGGACGGGGAUGGGCAUGGGGGGAAGGGGGAUGGGCAUGGGGCGGGGAGGAAUGGGCGGAUUCGGCAUGGAGGGCGGAGGGAGGGGGCGAGGCAUGGGGCCAGGCGGAGGGCACAUGAUGAGUGUAGGUCAUGUUUUCUCCCCGCAUGUCCCAUCCCCUCCCCAUGCCCCUGUCUCCCUACAUGCCCUUCUGACUCCUCUCCCUGCACCCUGCCAUUCCCCUUCCCCUCCCCCACUCCGCUUCCAUUUCCCCCUACGCCCUCACCCACCCCCCUCCGUUUACCCACUCACUCCACCCUUGCUCCCCCCGUUUACACCCCCCCUCCCCUCCCCCAGUCCCAGUCCGCCCAUGGGCAUGAAGGGGGGAAUGCUGCCCCCACACAUGCUGCCCCCCCAUGCCCACCCCAUGUUCCUCCGCGGCCCCCCUGGGGGCGCUGGCCCCAUGGGCGGACCCAUGGGCGGAGGCAUGGGCGGAGGCAUGGGGGGAGGGAUGGGGGGCGCAGGGGGACCCAUGGGGGGAGGCGGCAGGCGAGGAGGAUUCGAUAUGGGGGGCGGAGGGGGGUUUUCCGGGGGAAUGGGAAUGCACCGCCCCCCUCUUUCCCCCUCCCAUGCUGCCAGCUAUGCGACUGGGGGGGAGAGCAUGGGGGAAGGGGAGGGGCGCACAGGGGCAAAGUCACGGCGCCAGGGGAGGGGGAGGGGGGGGCGGGGGGAUGUGGAGGAGGACGAUGAGGAGGGGGGUGGGGAGGAUGAGGGUAUGGGAAGGAGGAGAGAGGAUAGGAGGAGGGGGCAGAGAGAGUGGGAGGAGGAGGAGGAGAUGGAGAAAGGGAGAGGGAGAGAGGGCGGGAAAGGGCAAGGCUGGGACGAGUAUGGGGGCAAAGAGAGGAAGCGGAGGAGAGUGAGGGGGGAGGAGGGGCAUGAGGAGGGGGAUGAAGAGUGGGAGGAGGAGAGGGGACGGCGGGGGGAAUGGAGGGGGAGGGACGGCAGGGGGGAGAGGGAGUGGGGGAGAGAGAAAGGGGGCCUGUGGGGGGAGAGGGACCGGAGGGGCGGAAGGGGAGGAGAAGGGGAGGGGUAUGGGCGGCGGGGGAGGGGCAUGGGGAGGGAGGAAGGGGGGUUCGGAGAGGGGGGCAUGGGGGGAAGGGAGCGAGGGGAGGAGAGGCGGGGGAGGUACAGGGGGGAGGAGGAGGGGCGGAGGCCGGGGGAAGUGGGGUGGCGGAGGGAGGGGCGCGAGGGGGGUGAGGGGGGGAGAGUGUCAGGGUUUGACAAGCGCGGGGGAGAGUUUGGGGAGGGGAAAGAGGGUAGGCGGGAGAAGAGGGAAUGGACAGAGGAGAGAGGGGGGGAUGAGAAGCGAAGGAGGGGAAUGGGGCGGAGGGGAGAGGACGACAAGGGAGGGGAGUUUGGGCGUGCAAAGGGAAUGCGCGGAGGGGGCGAGUGGGAGGAGGAGAGGGAGGAGUGGGAUGGGUGGGGAGAGAGAGGCGCGUCUGUGGAACGGCGGGGGGGACGGCGGGGAGAGGAGGAGGGGAAGAAGCCUAGGCGGGGGGGACGAGAAGAGUGGGAUGAGCGCGGAUGGGAGGAGAAUGUGGGCAGGGGGGAGGAGCAUGCGGGGAAGAGAGGGAAGAGGGAUGGGCGGGAAGGGAGGCAAUGGAGGGGGGAUAGGGAGAGUGAAGGAGAGGAAGACUGGGCAGAGGGGAGGCAUGAGGAGGGUACGAGGGAGAGGGGCCUGAAGGAGAAGCGAGGGAAGGGGGGGAUGGAGGAGGCGAGGGGCGGAGGGGAGGCGGAUGGGGAAGGGAGUUGGGCGUCUGGGGGCAGGGAGGGGAGGAGGGAGGGCGGGAGCAGGCGAAGGAGAGGUGGUUCGAGUGAAGGAGGCGAGGAGCUGGAGAGUGGCGGCGGGAGGGGCGUGCAGAGGGGCGAGGGUAGGGGAGAGGAGAAGGCCGCAGAGAGAGGAGAGGGGAAGAGCGGAGCGCGGGGUAAGGGGAAGGGAGUUGUCGCAGAGAGGGAGGAAGGAGGUGAGGGCGAGAGGAGGAGGGGACGGCGGGAGAAGCGGGAAGAGAAGGAAGGGAAUGAGGAUGGGGAGGGGGGUCGAGAGCAGAGCGAGAGAAAGGGGAAAGAUGGGGAGGAGAGAGGAGAAGAGGAGGGUAGAGAGGGUAAGGAAGGGGAAGGAAGAGAGGGGGAGCAGGGGGAGGAGGAGGAGGAGGAUGCGGGGGGAGACGCGGUGGACUAUGGCAGCAUGUGGGACGCUGAUGGGGAAGGGGAUGUGCCUCUGCACCCCCUGGAGAGCGGUGGGGGUGAUGGGGCAGAUGGCGGAGGUGGGGGGAAUGGAAAGGGUGAUAGGGGUGAGAGGGAUGAGAGGGGUGGGAGGAAGGGAGAGGGCCCGGACGAUGUGGCAGGGGACAGUGAUGGAGAGGGUGAGAGGGAGCGGGGCAGGGGGGAUGACGUGAGGCGGAAGGAGAGGGGGAGAGAACGGGAGAAUGAGCAAGAGAAGGGCAGAGAACACGAGAAAAAAGGGAGGAAGGGGCGGGAGAGGGAGGAGGCAGCAGCAAGAGAGGCAGAGGAGGAGGGGCGUGGCAUCACAGCCAUUGAGCUCCCUCCCACCCCAACUGUUGACAUUGACGAUGAUGACGGCGGGAGGACGAUGGGAGGCAGUGGGGUUGGGAGGGAGGAGUACGGGCACUGCCCUCCCAUGGGCUACGGGCGACUGCCUGUGGAUGCGCCCCUUGGCAGGAUGGGAGUGGACGGUGGGGGGUUCGGCAGGAGGGGAGGGGAGGUGCUGGGUCGAAGGCAGGAGGGGCCGAGGGAGGGUGGGGUGGGGUUGGGAGAAAGGGAGGAGAGGGAUAGGGAGGGAGGGGAGAGGAGGGGGGUGUGGAGAGAGGAGCGGGAGGAGAGAGGUGAGAGGGGUGAGAGGGGUGAAAGGAGUGAGAGGAAGUGGAAGGAGGAGCGAGAGAAGGAGAGGGGGCUGAAGGAGGAGCGUGGAGGGAGUGUGGGUCCGGAGUCAGAAAGGAGUGCGAGGAGAGGGGUGAAAGACGAGAGGGGUGAGAGGAAGGAGAGGGGCGAGCGGAGGGAGAAGGAUGAGAAGAGUGAGAAGGUUGACAAGGGUGAAAGGAGUGGCAGGGGAGAUAAGGGAGAGAGGGAGGGGCGAGAGAGAGAGGAGAGGGAGGGAGGAAUGGAGAGGGUGAGUGAGGAGGGGAGAGGCAGGGAUAGGCACAAGCAGAGAGGGAGGGAGAAAGGCGGUGAGAAAGAAAGAGGAGAGAAGGAGAGGGAACGAGAGAGGGGAAGGGAGAGGGGAGCAAGUGUGGGAGAGGAGCGUGAUAGGGAGUUGGCAGGGAGGGGGGAAGAGAGGCAGGGGAUGAAGGGAGACAAGGAGGGGAGGCGAGGCGAGAGGGACGGGUGGAGAGGCGGUGAGGGGGUGGGGCGAGAGGGGGUGGGGCGAGAGGGGGUGGGGCGAGAGGGGGUGGGGCGAGAAUCGAUGGGCAGUGAGGGUGCAGGCAAGGAGGGGCCGGUUGUGGACCUGCGGGCGAAGCUGCGCGAGGAGAAGGGGCGUGGUGGGCGUGGGAGGGACAAGGACGCACGGGAAUGGGAGGGCGACGAGCGGGAGGAGCGGAGCCGCAAGCGCGGGCGGGGGAGGUAUGAGAAGGAGAGGUCAAAGGAGCGUGGCAAGGAGAGGGGAGGGGCAGGCGGAAUGGAGGGAUUGGGCGAGGCAGCAGGGGAGAGGAGGCGGGGAGGGGAGGCACGCGAGGGGGAGAGAGGCGAGCGUCACGCACACAGGGGCAUGCCUGCUGCUGCUGCGGAGGAGGGCAGGCGGACAAGCACUGCGCCCCACUCGCCCUCCCCUGCUCCUGCUGACACUGCUGCUGCUGCAGGUGUUGGUGGGGGUGGAGUGCGGCGCAGUGCGGUGCAGCGCACGGAUGGGCACCUGGUAGUGCAAGUGGGGGGGCGAGGGGGGGAGGGGGCGGCGGACAGGCGGGGAGGGGGGGCGUGGCGGGAGAGUCAGGGCCACCUGGUGGUGCACGUGGGGGGAGGGGGCGGGGGAGUGGAUGGUCGCAAGGAGAGUGGGGGGGAGGAGGGCGGGGGUGGCGCGUAUGGUGCGGGGGGGAGGAAGCGCAAGUCAGAUGACGGGGGGUUGGGCGGGGACACACGCAGAGACAGGGAUGGAGCAGGCGAGGGAGGGGGAAGGGGGGUGGGGGGGGAGGCGGGCAGCAUGGCAAGCGGUGGCGGAGGAGGUGGCAGGGCAGAGGGUGGGGGCGAAGGGGCGGCUGGGGGGGAGGGCAAGACAGAGAGGCCGGCACGCAAGAGGCGGUGGGCGUGA